CGUACAUAAAAAAUCGCCUCUGCUGAGAUGAAGAAUUGAUAUUCCAAGGCACUGGUUUUGAAGCAUGAGCCCAGGGAUGCGGCACAGUCCCUCAUGACCUCCAGCCAGCCCUUGUUCGUCGUUCAGGAGGCUCAAUGUUUCUACCAAAUCAGCACAAUCUACAAUACCUGCCCACGCUAUCUCUUUUAUGCGCUGCUGAUCGCAAGCUGUCUCACUCGCUGGACAGGAUGGCUUGCCGACGUUUUCUUAGGCGCCGCGGCCACAUAUGCAGGCACUGCAGCAAUCGAGGCAUUCAUUCUCCUGGCCAGCCCCCAGAAAAAACCAGAACCGGAGCUAGUCACCAUUCCUUUCAUUUCCAAGAACACCACGUUAUGGAACGAUUUCCCUCAGCUGAUUACCGAAACAAAUCAAGUUCUCGUUCAGCCUGCUUCUCUGGAGUUCGACGCUGAUGCGGUCGUCGCAAUCGUCGUGACGGGAUACCUUGUUUUCUUACCGCUUCAAUGCUGGUCUCGAAUUCUGACCCACCAAAGAGCACGCAAUCUGCUAUUCAGUCUUUGGAAUGUUCUGAUGCUUGCCGGUGCUAUCUGUGCACUGGUAUACGCAGCAAAGAACUCUAGCGCCCCGUCACAAUAUAUGUUCUGCUAUCCAGACCUCCCGCCAUUCGACCAAACAUCCAGCGAUGGCUGGCAGCCGUCAUGGAGACGAUCUACGUGGAACGACAGUGUUUGGGGGACUUUCUCCAACUUCUCUCGUUGGGGCCAGUUGGGCGACAUUUGUUUCAAUCCUUGCUUCAACUCCAGUCAAAUACUCAGAGAACCCACCUCUCUUCAAUCCUGGGUUGCAACCAAGGACUCCGAGCUUGCACAUCCCCAAAAGUUCUGGACGAAACUAGCUUAUUCAAGACGGUAUAUCUAUAGCCUGAUUAUCCUCUGCUUAGUGCUUAACGUCGUCAACUUGGCGUACAAGUUCCUUCCUUAUCGGUCGCAAAUUCCAUCCUCUAAAUUGGUUGUGAUCUGGCGAGAAAGGAAGAACAUCCUCAAAGGACUCAAAAGAGAAUUAAGCGAAGCACGUUCGACUGCUAAGGAGCAACUGGAAAACAAAGAAACAGAAACGUGCCCCAAUCCCAUCGUCCGAAAAUCACCUUGGAUGCGCGCCCGACCAUUCUUCAGCGCCAUAUUUCUCAGAGCAUUGCUGCGAGUUGCGGUGGAUAGUGCAAUUCUCCUUGGUCUGGUCUUCAGCAUGGUCAUCAGCCCCUUUACCAUUAUUGCGUUUGUGGCAUGGGCUGAGUGGACUAUCUACAACGAUGGUCCAGCGCAGGAAAAGCCGCAGCAAGUCGGGCAAUGGUCUUACCUGGUUUCUGUUGGAUUCUUGGUACUCUCUGCUGCCAUACUAAUGCUCAAGUACCGCCUUGCAACAACCUCUGAGCUAGACGAGGAGAUACAGAAGCUGAAACGUGAUUUACAGAAGCUAGAGAUGCGAAGGGAAUCGCAAGCACGGCGGCGCACGGCUUCUAGCACAGGAGAUGAACAUGAUUCAUGAGAUGCUACAAUGGGUCUAGCACAAACUACCAGUCCUCUAUCCUCUCCUUUGGUUGGUAGGUGCGUGAUUUAAAAUUGUGUAAAAAGAUUCUUUCCUGGCCUUCACACUGGCCCGUUGAAUGGCAGGACUCGUAUAAGGAGUGGUGGUGAGAUCUUCGUUGGGUCAGGGCUUUUAGGGCUCAGAACAGGCGCCACAGGCCGGGAGAAAGACAGUGCAGGUACAUGCUACAAUAGUUGAGAACAAAGCAAAUUCUUUACGGCAGAAGGAGAAGAACCGUCAGGGAUCGAGGAUGCAUCUAGCCGUACAACCUUUCUUUGCUAGAAACAGUCAGCAUCAAUUGGCAAUAAGGCCCAUAGUCCCAUCGCCGCAAGGCAGCAUUAUUCCACAUCUCAGUAUCAUUGGUCGUCUACGUGCAAUUACAA